AUGAGUAAGUUCCACGCCAACUUUACAAGUCUUGGAGCAACUGGUCGUCUUGGUCCUUCAUCCCUGGGCUCCUACUAUGUGGGGAAAGAUAAUGACAACAUGGUGACUCUCAAGAAUGGGACACAGUUCUGGACAGUUCCCUACACUGGAACAUACGAGAUCACUGCAGUUAGUGCAGCUGGACGAUAUGAUAAAUACAGCUCAAUUGCUCGAGGUCGUGGGGCUUAUAUGAGAGGUGAAUUUACAUUUCAGAAAGGAGAUGUAGUUAAGAUAUUGGUUGGACAAACAGCUCCAGUGACAAAAGAUAUUGACGAAUGCUCGCUUGGGACAGCCAAAUGUCACGUGAAUGCCACGUGUAUCAACACCCUUGGUUCUCAUGAAUGCAGAUGUAUGCGUGGAUAUUCUGGAAAUGGAAAAGUGUGUUCAGAUAUAGACGAGUGCUCUCUUGGGAAAUACAAUUGCAGCGUGAAUGCUACGUGUGUCAACACUGUUAGCUCGUAUGAAUGUCGAUGUAAGCGUGGAUAUUUUGGAAAUGGAAAAAUGUGUUCAGCAAUAAAAAUGUUCCACGCCAACUUUACAAGUCUUGGAGCAACUGGUCGUCUUGGUCCUUCAUCCCUGGGCUCCUACUAUGUGGGGAAAGAUAAUGACAACAUGGUGACUCUCAAGAAUGGGACACAGUUCUGGACAGUUCCCUACACUGGAACAUACGAGAUCACUGCAGUUGGUGCAGCUGGAGGAUAUGAUAAAUACGGCUCAACUGCUCGAGGUCGUGGGGCUUAUAUGAGGGGUGAAUUUAACUUUCAGAAAGGAGAUGUAAUUACGAUAUUGGUUGGACAGACAGCUCUAGUGAAUACUGCAAGUUGGUCGUCAGGGGGAGGUGGUGGAUCAUUUGUAGCGAAAUCGUUAAACACACCGCUUAUUGUUGCUGGAGGCGGGGGUGGCGUUGAAAGGCUGAGUAAUAGACUGGCAAACUGCGAUGCAAGUACUGGAACAUUUGGAAGAAGAAAUCAGUGUAAAGCGUUCUGCGCCAUUUGGUCUGGUGGGAAGAAUGGGAGUGGCGCAUUACAAGCAGACAGCGAUAACUCAGGUGGUGGUGGUGGUGGAUUUUACAGAAAUGGACGCAGCAGUUCUCAGUUUGGCGGUUCCUACGGUUACGGCGGGGAAGGAGGGAGAGGUUUUCUUCAGGGGGGUGCAGGAGGACGUGCUCACUAUUAUAAUGCUGUCGGUGGAUUUGGAGGAGGUGGGGGAGCGUAUGGAUCCGCAGGAGGUGCAGGAGGAGGUGGAGGAUAUUCUGGUGGAGCAUCAGGAAAUAAUAAUCUUCAAUCUUGUGGUGGAGGAGGUGGUUCUUACAACGCUGGAAAGAAGCAAGCAAACGUAGAAGACGUGAAUGAAAAGGGAGAUGGUUAUGUCGAAAUAAAACGCAUAUUCUAAAGAGGAUUAUUACGAUUUACAUUGUUGAAUAUAGA